AAAAACCCCAAAAUCCAAAAUCCCCUGUUUUCUCUCCUCUAAAAUCACCAAUAAUGAGUAGUAGUAAAGAACAGAGCCCUUCUCCGGAAACAGAGUCCUCUUCUUCAUCUUCUUCCGAUUCAAACAAAAAACCCAAAAGAAUUAAUUCCAAUUCCAGUUCCAAUUCAAAACACGCAGUUUACAGAGGAGUUCGAAUGAGAAAUUGGGGGAAAUGGGUAUCAGAAAUUCGAGAACCAAGAAAGAAAUCCCGCAUUUGGUUAGGGACUUUCCCCAGCCCUGAAAUGGCUGCUCGAGCUCAUGAUGUUGCUGCCCUAAGCAUCAAAGGAAAUUCCGCCAUUCUUAAUUUCCCUGAUCUUGUUCAUCUUCUUCCUCGUCCUGUUUCUCUUGCUCCUCGUGAUGUUCAAGCUGCUGCUGCUAAAGCUGCUCAUAUGCAUAAUCUUUCAUCUAAUGCUAAUACUAACAACCAUAAUACUAAUUCUAAUUCCUCCUCUGCCUUUUCCGAUGAACUUAGUGAGAUUGUUGAGUUGCCGGCUCUGGGAACGAGUUACGACGGCGGAGUUGGUGUUGGUGGGGAGUUUGUGUUUGUUGAGUCGGAAUUGGAAUCAGCGGCUUGGCUUUACCAGCCACCGUGGGUGCAGAGCUUGCAGGAGGAUUAUGAUGAUAUAGAUGGAGAUGGAGAUUGUGGUAAGUUGGGAAUGGGAUUUGUUUCCAAUGGAUUUAAAGGGUUUCUGUUUGAUUAUUGAAAAAAAAAUAUUUUGUAUUUA